CUGAAUACUUUUUGCUCUGUGCAUUUAAAAAGUUAUUUGACGUGUAUUUGAAUUUGAAUUUAGAACUGUCAUUUUGUGUGCUUUGUGAGUCAGAGUUUUAGUUUUAAAUAAAAAGGUUUUUGCUCACAUGCAGUGGAUUUUCUGUUAUAGACAAAAUGCGGCUCACGAUACAAAUGAAGGCUGCAGCAAUACUCCUCAUAAUCCACAUCACAGUAACGAGAACAGCUAAGAACAAUGCUCCAUCCGUCCACGAGAUCAUCAACGAACAAGCCAGGAUAGAUGACAAAAGGCCACUAUCGUACGGAAACCCACUAGCAGGAAACUCUCAACAAAAUGCCAAACUCCAUGCCCAACAUCAACAAGCUAUGUUUAACGCAGAAAGGGUAAGGCAACACAGAGCUCAGAUACAAAGAUGGAAUGCACAACCACAGCAGGGAGAUAGCUACAUGAGAGCUUACCAUGAAUCUCAAGAAAACCAUCAACUAGCCUUAGAACAAAUGCAAGCUACACAAAGAGAGAAAAAGCCUAAGCAAAGACAGGAAAGGACUCAUCUAAGAAGUAGACCGUCUCUAGACCCAGUGAAACUAACCAGAGCUGAUGCAGUAGAUAAGAAUAGAAAUCAUAGAUCUUAUGGCUCAGUCUACUAUAAUAACAUACAGCCGAAACACAAAAUUAAUACGUCACCAGGAACGACAUACGAUCAAGGAGUUACCAUCAAACCUAAUGGGAACAUAGGACUGAACAAUCUAGAAAAAGAACAAACAGGUUUAUACACAGAAGUGUCUCCAAGCAAAACUCAGUAUGUAUACCCAAAAUUGUACCAUCAAAUGCAUACGUAUCAAUCUGCUGAUGAAAUAAGUGCUUUAAACAAUCUCCUGACUAAAACGCCGCAGGAACAAGUAUCAGAACUGAAUAGUUUAACACAUGUAAACCAGGAAUAUGGGAAGGAUAAUAAUCUUGAAACGCCAAUAGAUUUAUACUUUUAUUUAAACAACCCUAAUGGACUGAACAUAGUCAAUGAAAACAAAAUUAAAUACAAUGUAGAUAACGGGUAUGCAGGACCUUACGCAACUGAGUAUGUAAACUAUAGUGAUCACAAGCCAAUCACAGAAGAAGUGGAUGAUAUAGAAGAAGACAAAGUUCCUAAUUUAAAAUUCCAACCUAUUCCUCAAACGCCAACUGUCAUGCCUCAUGUGUAUGAAGACCCAACCACAACUAAAAGCAAUUAUUACAAAAUAGAAGUAGAACAAACUGUAAGUGGAAAUUUGCAUGGAAAAGGGCUGGAAUUUCCCGUCCAACACAAGCCUAGUUAUGCUGCAGUGAAGUAUGAGAAACCUUUGAACAUUUACCAUCAAGAAGCAAGUACGGAAGGUAUCAAAUACCUUCAAGCACAACAGUCAGGAGUCCAGCAUUUGUCUCAAGAUGGAACUGGAGUAUCAGCCUACGGUGACGAUGAUAUCCAGUACGCAGCAAACUACGAAUUCGGUUACCGAGUACGUGAUCACGAAACUGGCAAUGAUUUCGGUCACCAAGAGGCGAAGUCUGGAGACAAAACCCAUGGAUCCUACCAUGUUCUCCUACCUGAUGGUAGACUUCAGCAAGUCAAGUACUCCGCAGGUCCUGAUGGCUUCCACGCCGACAUUUCCUAUGACCAUCUACAAAGCAACGUUUAGUUUAUUCUUGGAUAAAUAAAUCUGUGGCUGUAAUUUCGCGGGAAAUUGUUUUAUACACCAGCAUAUCAAGGUAUCAUCUCUUCUUCAAUCGAUUUUCAACUUUAGCGCUUGUAGUAUAGAGUUCAAAAUGUACUGGAGAUUAGUGGUAGGUCGAUGUGCUGGUGUGUAGACAAUGAUGGAAGUGUCAUGGCUGACCAAUCACAAAUGUUUAUUUUGACAGUUCUAAUGUCAAACUUUUAAAAGUUGAUUAAGGUAUCUUCUUGUUCAGCCUGUGAGAAAGGAUGGUGUUUAAAAGUGAUGUUUCUUUUAACAAAAUUGAUUCAGUAGUUUCAGAGUUUAGUGGUGCUUGUUUAUUCCCUCUGAAAGUACUAAAUUAAUUAAUAUUUUUUUAUUUAUAAUUCUACAAUCUCAUAUUUAAAUUUAGUGACAAGUCAUGCAAUAUUAUCAAUGUGAAAAAUAGGUUUAAAAAUUGUAAAUAUGCCAACUAAUAUUAUUUAUUAAGUUAUUUAAUUGUAAAACGAUAUUUUGUACAUAAACCACUAAUAAUAGAGUAAUUUUAAAAUAAAACUCGAAACAAUCGUA